CCUAGCGCUCGGGCCCCGCCCCCACGUGCCCCGGAGUCCGGGGGAGGAGCUGGCGCUCGGGAGGAGGCGUGGCCGUGGUGCCAGCGGAGGCGCGGGCGUUGCGACCGGGACUUUGGUUUUGACACGGACGGCGAACGGGAGCAGUGUCUCUGCUGCUGGGGUGUGGACGCGGUUCUUGCGGAUCCCGCGUUCGAGUCGGGGGCAGGACUUUUUGUCUGGAUCAACGCAACUGCGGCAACGCAGCGAGUCCUGGUGCAGCCGCAAGACUUGGUGCAGCUGCGGCGUUCGUAUUUCACCGCCGCUGCCGCCUCCGCAAAACCCUGCAGCUCCUGCCGAUUCUGGGAGAGAGACUCUUGAGAGUUUUUCCAGCAGAAAGAGCUGGGACGCGCGGCCCGAGGCGGCGUGGGAGGGAUCCCGCGGCCCGCCCCUGACCCGCACCCUCGUGGGCCCUGGCUCUGAAGGCGGCGGGCCAGCGCUGUCCUGGCCGGGGCUCAGGCCUCGGAGCCGCAGGUGGAAGGAGGAAGCCCUGGAGGAGCGGCUGAGAGGUGGCCAAGUGAAAGGUGGUUUGGACACGCUGGGCAUGGCUAUUUAGUGUUUGUCUGUGGUAACCAUUUCAUGCCCUGAAUCCUGCACCUUCCCUUCUGUGCCUGUGAGCUCUCCUGCGCUUCCUCCCUAGCCAGAGAGUUCUUCUGUGGUGGUGAGGCCUUCCUGGCCCCUUGAUCCUGGCUGGCCAUGGGGAGCACCCUGGGCUGCCACCGCUCCAUCCCCCGGGACCCCUCAGACCUGUCCCAUAGCCGCAAGUUCAGCGCAGCCUGCAACUUCAGCAACAUCCUGGUGAAUCAGGAGCGGCUCAAUAUCAACACGGCCACGGAGGAGGAGCUGAUGACCCUGCCUGGGGUGACACGUGCGGUGGCACGCAGCAUCGUGGAGUACCGCGAGUACAUCGGUGGCUUCAAGAAGGUGGAGGACCUGGCACUGGUCAGUGGCGUGGGUGCCACCAAGCUGGAGCAGGUCAAGUUUGAGAUCUGCGUGAGCAGCAAGGGCAGCUCAGCGCAGCACUCUCCCAGCUCCCUGAGGCGGGACCUGCUGGCAGAGCAGCAGCCUCACCACCUGGCCACCACCGUGCCUCUCACCCCGCGCGUCAACAUCAACACAGCCACCCCGGCUCAGCUCAUGAGCGUGCGCGGCCUCACGGAGAAGAUGGCCGUCAGCAUCGUGGACUACCGCCGCGAGCACGGGCCCUUCCGAAGCGUCGAGGACCUGGUGAGGAUGGGCGGGGUCAAUGCUGCCUUCCUGGACAGGAUACGGCACCAGGUGUUUGCCGAGAGGUCCAGGCCCCCGUCCACCCACACCAACGGGGGCCUGACCUUCACCGCCAAGCCUCACCCCAGCCCCACCUCGCUGAGCUUGCAGAGUGAGGACCUGGACCUGCCCCCAGGGGGGCCUACACAGAUCAUCUCCACUCGGCCUUCGGUGGAGGCCUUCGGAGGCACAAGGGAUGGGCGGCCCGUGCUGAGGCUGGCCACCUGGAACUUGCAGGGCUGUUCGGUGGAGAAGGCCAACAACCCUGGGGUGCGAGAGGUGGUGUGCAUGACGCUCCUGGAAAACAGCAUCAAGCUGCUAGCUGUGCAAGAACUACUUGACAGAGAGGCCCUGGAAAAGUUCUGUACGGAGCUAAACCAGCCAAUCCUGCCCAACAUCCGCAAGUGGAAGGGACCCCGAGGAUGCUGGAAGGCCGUUGUUUCGGAGAAGCCCUCGACUCAGCUCCAGAAGGGCGCUGGGUUUGCAGGGUUCCUGUGGGACACAGCGGCCGGGGUGGAACUGAGAGAUGCCACCUGGCAGGAGAGCUCACCUGGCAAUGGGCACGGGAAGCCUGCAGGCCCCAGCCCGUACCUCGUGAGGUUCAAGGUGGGAAGUCAUGACUUGACCCUGGUGAACCUUCACCUGGCAGCCCUGACCCUCCCAGGGGGUGAGAACCCAAGCAAGAGUCACAGUGACAGCCACUGCUGGGCUAGCUUCGUGCAGACCUUGCAGGAAACCCUGAAAGGCGAAAAAGAGGUGAUAGUUUUAGGAGAUUUCGGCCAGGGGCCAGACAGCAGUGACUACGAUAUCUUGAGGAAAGAAAAAUUCCACCACGUGGUCCCCGCACACACCUUUACCAACAUCAGCACCAAGAAUCCCCAAGGCUCGAAGACUCUGGACAACAUCUGGAUCAGUAAAAGCCUAAAGAAGGUUUUCACAGGUUGGGUUCUCGCUUAGGUCCCCGUGAGACCAGGAUUGUAAUGCCCAUUUCACAGCCGAAGAAACUGAGGCCUGGAGAGCUUCACCUCCUGAAGGUCACACAAGCAGUAAGUAAAUAGACGGGAUCCACACUCAGUCCAAAGCCCACGCACACAUGUCAACCCUGUGCCGCCGACACUGACGUGUGAGAGUGUUAACAGUGAACGUGUGGACCACCGUCACCACCCGUGGAAACCCGGUGGCUUGUUGGGCCCAGGGCCGGAUGGGCAGUCAGAGGGGCCCGUUGUCCAUCAGAGGCCACCUUUGGGGCCACCUGGCUCCAAGGAGCAACACUGGUUGUGAGCAUGGGAAGGAAGCCCCUUUCUGGGGGCUCUGCAGGUACCUGGGCAACAGCCAUGCCCACGCCCAAGAGGUGUCUCUUCAGUGGGAGGGUGAGCAGCUCCCAGAGGCCCGGAACCCGUGCCGGCUGAGCCUUGGCCGAAAGCAGCCAAGUUAGAAUGAAAAGUCGUGGCGGGUAGGAAAGGGUGCUCCCCAGCUGAGCUGACCUUCUUUGGUGCUUCGUCUAAAAUUGAAAGCUCCACCUGCAUUCACCAGCCAGAUGCCCCAAGUCCUUUUAGCCAGAUGUUUGCGGCAAAACUGUGGGAAGGGCUUCUUAAGUAAGGAGAGAGGGAAAGAAAUCCAGUUAAACAACCUUUGUGAAGGUCAUCUGGUUUGAGCCAGAGGCUGGGGAGCUUAACUGCAGCGGCCACACCUGCUAUAAUGGAGUUUGUGCAGGACUUCUGCUUAGCCUUGGCUGGACGCAAACUCACACCACAGACACAGAGUGGGGGCACUUGUCACCCGAGGGCCCCAGGAGUGGGGUCUUUGCUCGGUGGCCACAGGCCCGGGGUUUGGAACCAGCAGACCUGGCUGCUGAGAGCCAGCUCUGCCACGUCCAAGGUGCGGCCCCUGCAGGUUGUGCUUGUCUGGCUGAGUCCCAGGUUUCUAACCUAUUAAACGAGGAUAGAAUCCCUCAGGGUUGCAGAGAAUAAAUAACAUCUAUAAAGUUCUUAGCAUACUGUCUGACCACAGGGCACAACUCCAGGGGGAACCGUUCCCCGGCACACAUGGUGAGAGCUCAGUAAGCAGCAGCGUUUUUUUAAAAUUAUGUUAUUUAUUGUUUACAUUUCAUCCCGAGUUCCCCUCAACUGGAACAUGAGCUUUGUGGUUUCCCAACAGUGUGUCAUCCUGGACUGUCCACUGGUCCAGCUGAGCUCUCAAAAAGAAGGAUCCCCACCCAGUGGAGCCUGUCACGAGGACACUGAUCAUCCGGGCCGCAUUCCACUGAAAAAGACCCAAAGGCCCCGUAAGGGUCCAAGACUGCCCCUCACGGUUCCCCCUGGUGGAGAAACUUGGUAGGACACUCAGUAAGUCAUCUCCCACGGACGGAACCUGUGAUUUGUUCUAUUUGAGUUGACAGGAGACGGAGGACUGACUCUGUCUUCCAGAAGGAGUAAAAGCCGGGCUCAGACGUGGCAUCUUAAGUGGCAUCAUCGCUGGGCACACUUAGCCUUUGAAAGUCUCGAUUGACAGCCAGGCUGCGGAAUGGUGGAGCCUUUCCCUAGUAGAGCGUUAGGCUGUGGAAGCAGCUGUCUGGUCCUCUGCUAGUACCUGGCCGCCUAGUCUCCUCGCUGCCUGGGCCUGUGAGCCUUUAGCCCAGAGGCAGGAUUUUCAUAAAACUUCCAGAAUUAAAAGCUUAAGUUUUCUAGAAGCGUUAAGAUUAAUUAAUAUUCAGAUGGUCUAUGUCUUCCCUCUUCCUCUGCACAGUAAAUAUGAGAGGAUUGAGUAGAGCUUAAAAUCCAAAGAAUACUUAAAUUUACAAAUUGUGACUAGUUGUUGAAGCUGGGUGAUGGGAACACAGGAGUUCAUGUCACUCCUUUCUACUUUUGUCUAUGUUUGAAACGUUCUAUGAUCACAAUGAAAUAAAUGCAUAAAUAAUAAAAGGCCCAAGCCCCCUCCCCCCCAAAAAAAGACAUUGUUCGAAGAUUUACACUUUUUAACGGAAUAAAUACUACAUUUCCCUGUAGACCAGGUGUGCUGAAGUCCUCACAGCAGAAGUGGAUACACGUGAAGGAGAUUAAGUCCUAUAAUUUUUUCUUUUUAUGCCAUUCCCUGAAGCAGCAUUUUGCUAGGAAGGAGUCACUGAAAGUGACAGUGUUUCAUUCUAGAAUGGGGAAGUUAAAAUAUAUGUAUUUGGAGGGUAAAUGAGAAGUACCAGAGAGAAGAAAGGGAUAUUCAAAAGCCCUGGGGACUUCUCUGGUGGUGCAAUGGUUAAGAAUCCGCCUGCCAGUGCAAGGGACACGGGUUCGAGCCCUGGUCUGGGAAGAUCCCACAAGCCGUGGAGCAGCUGAGCCCGUGCGCCACAACUACUGA